GGUGGAAUUUGAGUUUAUUUACUAUAAAAGGUUUAAUUUUGCAAUUUAACUGUAAUUAACGUUUUAGUUUGUAUGUUAAUUAUAAAUUUGUAUAAUAUAAGGAUAUAUAAAAUAGGCCGGUUGUCCACUUGCACUCAAAAUACCCUCACAUCAAUUGUCUAAUCAGUGUUUGAAUUCACCAUUGAUCUUUCUUCCUGAAGAAAAAUAAACGGCUAAAUUUGAACUUUGUUAAUUAAACUGCAAAAUGUCAUUCAGUGACGAAGAUGUGGAAAAUGAGGAAAGUGAUGAGGGAAAUUUUAAAGACCUUUAUGGUGUGCGAGAUGGGGUACUGUUUGUAAUUGAUGCGACACCUCCAAUGUUUGAAAAUGAUCCAGAUGAAGGAAUUCCGUACUUUUUACAAUGCAUUAGGCAAUACAAAGAAGUUCUUAAACAAAAAUUGGUAUGGUGCAGACAAGAUUGGAUGGGUUUAAUUCUAUUUGGUACAGAUAAAGGGGAUACAAAUUCAGGAACAAGACAUAUUUUAACCCUGCAGAAAUUAGAUGUUGUUUCAAUGGGUGAUUUAAAAGAAAUAAUGGAAAUAGAUGAAGGAGGCAAGUGGAAAUAUUACAAAGAUAUUGCUUCUACUACAGCUUAUCCAUUACAUGAUGUUUUAUGGGAAGCAGCAAGAGUAUUUAGGUCUGUCACUGUUACUAUGCCAAUUCGGAAAGUUCUUCUUUUUACAUGUAAAGAUAAUCCACCAGUGACUGAUAAUGAAAAACAUAGAAUAAGAGUAAAAGUACAAAGUUACAAUGAUAUAGAACUUCAGUUAUUUGUUGUUGGGCUGGGUGAAAAUUGGAAUCAUGAUGUCUUUUAUAAAGAUUUAGAAAUGCUAUCUGAAAAAAUAGAUCCUGAUGAUUACGAGAGAAUGUCUUUAAGAGAUAUAGUGCAGCAAAUAAAAUUACCAUCUAGGAAUAUGGCAAAACUCCCUUUGAGACUCGGAGAAAAUGUGAAUAUAGAUGUUGUUCUUUGUAACCUUUGCGUUAAAACAGAAUAUUUGAAAAAGAACAACAUAAGCAAAGCUACAAGUACUCCAUUAACUUCAUGCACGUAUUUACAAAUAGCCAGUGAUGGAGGAGAAGCAGGAGAUGAAGAAAGCAAAGAGAGAGCAUCUCCUGUUUUAGAAAUGGAUGUUAAAAAAUAUCUAACGUUUGGUGGUAAAAAUAUAUUUCUUACACUAGCGGAAGAAAGGACUUGGUGUACAAUGCGAGAACGAGGCAUUGAUUUAAUUUGUAUAAAACCUAUUUCUUAUCAUCCGUUGUACCACUUUGGGCCACCACAUUUUGUCAUACCUGUUAAAAAAAGUAAUAAAGAUAAAAAUUUAUUAUUUGGGGCGUUACUUCAUAAAUGCGAUGCAAGAGAUUUAAUGAUAAUAUGUGCAGUGUCAAUACGAAAACAUUCUUCACCCAUUUUAUACACUAUGAUACCACAUACUAGAAGAGGAGGAUUUUAUUUAUAUAAAAUACCAUUUAAAGAAAAUGUUCGAAAGCUUAAUGAAUCUAAUCUGUCGGAUUACAUAUACGAUGAUAAUGAAAAUCCACCUCCAACCAAUGCAAAUGGUAUUGAGUUAUUCGAAAAAAUGAUAAAUAAAUUAAACAUUGAAUAUAAUCCAGAUUUGUUUUCAAAUCCUAAACUUCAAAUUCAACAACAGACUAUAGAAACAUUAGCCUUACAGUUAGAAGAAAGUGAUCCCCCACCUGAUACUACACUUCCAAACACUGAAGAGAUACGGGAACGGGUAAAAGACUUAUUGGAAGAAUACAAUGAAAUAUUUAAUGAAGACACUGAUAAUUCAAGGGUUGAACCGGCCAAGAAAAAAAGUAAAAGUGCUGGCACAGCAGGAGAAAGUACUGCGUUAGAAGAUCCAAAUAAAAUCCGAGAGCUUGCUAUGAAUGGACAGAUACAAAAGUUCACAGUACCUCAGUUAAAAAACAUAUUACAGAAGUUAUGUUUAAAAACAUCUGGUAAAAAAGAAGAGUUAAUAAAUAGAAUUAAGGAACAUUAUAAAUGAAGCAUUAAAGAUUUUUAACGCAACAAUUACGU